CAACCACCCAAACCCUCCACCCAAGCCAUCCACCUUCCCACCUUGAACCAGAAAAAAGAGACUCGGCGCCUCGGCCAAAUUGGAAAUUCGCUCGCCAUGAUCAAGUCGCUCGCAAUAAUGGGGAGUUCACAACCGUACGGCCACAUUAAACAACUCCCGAGAACGACACUGCUAGCAUGAACGAGCAACGGGAUGUUCCGGAAACACAGUCGAGUCAAGACCGGGCCAGCCUAGAUGUAUUCGAGAACGCGCAAUGCUCCGUAAAAUGGAUAGCAAAUUACCGGUCAAAGUCAGUCAAAGUGAGUCAAAGUCAAUCAAGGUCCGUAUAGCCUGCCCAAGGAGAAAAAGGAGAAAGAAAAAAAAAGGACUGCUACUCUACGCGUGGAUCGACUUGUGGGCCGGCACUGAAAUUGUCUCCAUUCGCCUGCAUCGGUGGCCCCCUUGGCGUUCUGCAUCGGAGCAUGGCAUACAUACCCGACGGUCGUCGCCGAGGAAUUCCUUUUUCGACCUCCAAGACGGCCCUUUUGUCAACCGCGUCCGAGAGAGCUGUCGAGAACGCUGCCUGCUGCGUUGCGUCUCUGUAGACGUUUUGUCUGUUCACGGUUCGUCUCGUGUUUUUGUCUGUCGUUGCAAUGUCAGCUGAUAGGGAACCUCGUCGCAGCGAUGCUGCUGCCGCUGCUGUCGUCGACGAGACGGGUGUGGUGGCUACCCCUCAGCCGACCGACGCCGAGCAAAAGGGCGACAAGCAGUCUUCGAGCUCGUCACAAAUCUUGACCUUUCUCAGCCUCCUCUUCCGCACCAAGCCGACAUGGGUCGACGUCGCGCUCGUGCUGGUGGGCACCGUCUCGGCGAUCGCGGCCGGGACGCCGACGCCGCUCAUCGGCAUCGUGCUCGGAAACAUGAUGGACGAGCUCAACAGCGCCAGCUGCGCGGUCAAGGACAGCGGCGACCCGUUCGCCAUCGAGCCGCGCAUCAACGCGUCGGUCAAGCUCCUGGUCGCCAUCGCGGCGGCGCAGUUCUGCCUCAUCUACCUCUACGCCGUCUGCUGGCGGCUGCAGAGCGAGCGCCUGACGCACCGGCUCCGCGACGGCUACUUCCGCUCCGUCCUGGCGCACGAGCCCGCCUUCUUCGACGACCGCAGCGCCGGCCAGGUCUCGUCGCGGCUGAGCGCCGACUGCGCCGCCGUCCAGGCCGGCACCUCGGAGAAGGUCGGCACCGUCAUCGGCCAGGUCUCCUUCUUUUGCACCUCGUUCAUCGUCGCCUUUGUGCGCCUGCCCGUCCUGGCCGGCAUCAUGACCUGCGUCCUGCCCGCCUUUCUCGCCAUGUCCUGGCUCACCGGCGGCCACCUGGUCAAGUUCUCCGGCCGCGUCAUGGAGGCUUCGGCGUCCGCUGCGUCCAUCGCCUCCGAGGCGCUCAACAACGUCGCCGUCGUGCAGGCCUUUGGGGCCGGCCCGAGGCUCGAGGCCAAGUUCGCUUCGCACAUGGCUUCCUCGAGGACCGCCGGCAUCAAGAAGGCGUUCGUGGCGUCGCUCCAGGCGGGCUCCAUCUACUUUAUCAGCUACUGCGCCAACUCGCUUGCCUACUGGCAGGGUAGCCGCAUGAUUGCCGAUUCGCAACGGAAUGGGGGAGACACCAGCGUCGGAAAGGUCUUUACCGUGGUUUUUUUGAUAGUCGAUGCUUGCAUCGUUCUCGGCGGCAUCGCCCCAAUGCUGCCCCUUUUUGGUGGUGCCUCGUCCGCCUACCUUCGCCUCAAGGCAGACAUGGAGCAGCCCAGCUCCAUCGACGGCACCGACGACUCUGGCCAUCGUCUACCGCACGAUACGCCAGGUGCCAUAGAACUGCAAGGGGUGUCAUUUUCAUACCCUUCCAGACCGGAGCAGCUCGCCCUCAGCGACGUCAACCUUUACUUCCCUGCCGGCAAACACACCGCCCUUGUUGGUCUCUCCGGCAGUGGCAAGUCCACCGUGGCGGCGCUCGUCUCGCGCCUGUACGACCCCCUGAGCGGCACCGUCACAUUCGACGGCGUCGAUAUCCGCCAGCUCAACGUCGGCAACCUCCGCAGCUUCAUCAGCCUCGUGCAGCAGGAGGCGCCGCUGUUCGACCGAUCCGUGCUCGAGAACAUUGCCCUGGGGCUCGUCAACUCCCCCGCGCCCGCCCACGAAAAGUUCAAACCCAUCCUCAACGGGCCCACCCUCGCCAACCUCGUCGCCAGCGGAGGCAAGGACGUCCUCGCCCUCGCGCGCAGCCAGGACCCCAUCCUGGCCGAGCUGGUCGAGCUUGUAUACGCGGCGGCGCAGCUGGCGGACGCCACCUUCAUCGAGCGGUUCGACAACGGCUACGGCACGCAGGUCGGCGUGGGCGGCAAGCUGGUCAGCGGCGGGCAGCGGCAGCGCAUCGCCCUGGCGCGGGCCCUCAUCCGCGACCCCAGGGUCCUGGUCCUGGACGAGGCGACCGCGGCUCUGGAUUCGGCCAGCGAGAAGCGCAUCCAGGCCGCCAUCGACCGCGUGGCUGCCGCCGGGGGACGGACCGUCAUUUCCAUCGCCCACCGGCUCUCGACCAUCCGCAACGCCGACAACAUCGUCGUCAUGCGCGACGGCAGGGUCGUCGAGCAGGGCGCGUACGCCGACCUGGUCGCCUCUGGCGGCGCCUUUGCGGCCAUGGUGAACCUCCAGGGCAUCGGCUCGGGCGACGACCGCGACAGCGUCUUGUCUGCCGGCAGCACGUGCAUCGACGCAAAGGGUGCCGAGGGGGUCGUGUCGGUAAAUGAAAAAGAUCAAGCAGUCAAGUCUGAGCGCUCUAGCGAACAGGCCGACAAGACACCGAUCCCCGCAGGCUCAAACGACGAAAAGACCGAGGCCCCUGCGGACAAGGAUCCCGAAAAGCCUGCGUCAGAGGUCGUCAGGGGGGUUGGCUGGCUUGUUCGGCCGAGCAUCUGGUGGCUCAUCAUGGGCAUCAUUGGUGCCGUCAUCGUGGGUUGCGCAUUCAGCGCUUCUGGUCUCCUCGUCGGAAACACCCUUGCUCUUCUCAAUCCCUGCGUCACCACCCCUGAAGGUGUUUUGAGGUUUGGACAGCUGUUUGGUGGCCUGAUUUUCAUGCUUGCCUUUGUCGAGCUGGUGGCAAACAUCGGCAGCUGGCUUGGCUUCGGCGUCGUCUCGGAGAACAUUCUCUACAAGACCAAGGUCCUGUCCCUGCGGGCGUUGAUGAGCCAGACGGUGGAGUGGCACCAGUCCGAGGGACGCACGCCCGCGUCGCUGCUCUCCAUCAUCACCAAAGACGGCGCCGCCCUGCAGGGGUUCAGCGGCUCCAUCGUGGGCACCCUGCUGUCGAUCCUGGUCAACUUUCUGUUCGCCAUCAUUCUGUCCCACGUUCUGGCCUGGAAGCUUGCGCUGGUCUGCCUCGUGGUGGUGCCGAUCCUCCUGACCGCGGGCAUCAUGCAGUUCCGCGCAUUCGCGCGCUUCGACGAGAAGCACGAAAAGGCCUACGCCAGCGCCAUCGGCAUCACGGUCGAGGCGGUCAACUCGAUGAAGACGGUGGCCAGCCUGUCGCUGGAGAAGGAGCUGAUUGGGACGUAUCGCCGCACGCUCAAGGGCCCGCGGACGGACAUGCUCAAGGCCAGCCUGCACACCAACGUCUGGCUCUCGGUCGCCAGCAGCACCGGCUUCUUCGUCAACGGCCUGGUCUACUGGUGGGGGUCCCAGCUCAUCAUGAGGGGCGAGAACACCCAGAGCCAGUUCUUCACCGUCAACAUCGCCCUCCUGGUGAGCGCGAACCUCUGGGGCCACACCUUUGCCCUGGCCCCCGAGAUCUCGCGCGCCAGGUCCUCCGCCUCGAGGAUCCUCGGCCUGAUCGACCUGACUCCCGAUCGCGACCUUCCCCUCCCCGACAAGGGCAGAGCCGGCGAGAAGGAGAAGCAAAAGGACGUCGAGGCGUCCGCCGAGCCCAAGCCCCCACCGCCGGCGACGCUGCUGUCGUCCGACGGCGAGAACCGCGGCGUGGCCAUCACCUUCCGCGACGUGUCGUUUGCCUACCCGACGCGGCCCAACGUGCCCAUCCUCAACGGCGCCAGCUUCACCGUGGCGCCGGGCCAGUUCGUGGGGCUGGUGGGCCCGUCGGGCGCAGGCAAGUCCACGAUCCUCGCGCUGAUGCAGCGCCUGUACGCGCCGAGCGCGGGCAGCAUCGCGGUGGACGGCGUGGACGUGAGCAGCGCGGCGGGGCGGGCGGCGUUUCCUUGCGACGAGGUGGCGGUGGUGCCGCAGGACAGCGCGCUGUUCGACGGCACGGUGCGCUUCAACGUGGGGCUGGGGGCGCGGCCGGGCCGCGAGGCCACCGACGCCGAGAUCGAGGAGGCCUGCCGCCUGGCCAACCUGCACGACACCAUCGUCGGGACGCUGCCCCGCGGCUACGACACCGAGUGCGGGCCCAACGGCAGCCGGCUGAGCGGCGGCCAGCGCCAGCGGCUGGCCAUCGCGCGCGCCCUCGUCCGCAGGCCCAGGCUGCUGCUGCUGGACGAGAGCACGUCCGCCCUCGACGCCGAGAGCGAGGCCGCCCUGCAGGAGGGGCUCGAGAGGGUCGCCCGCGGCAUCACCGUCGUCGCCAUCACCCACCGCCUGCACACGGUGCAAAAGGCCAAUGUCAUACUGGUGGUUGAGGGCGGCAGGGUCGUCGAGAGGGGUACGCACCGCGAGCUCAUGGAGAGGAGCGAGAGCUACCGCGUCAAUGCCAUGCAGCAGAUGCUGCAGUGAGCUGUUGGGGGUAGAGUUUGUGCUGUCAGCUUCGAAGCUUUUUGUAGAUUGAGAAUGCAAAGUCUUUUAUUUUUUCUUUUGUCUUUGGGGGAUACCAUAGAGGUCUAUAGAUCAGCGAGCAUUGGGUGUUAAAAUAGUCAUCAAAGCAGAAUUAUAAUUAUCCC